AUGCCGUCGUGGGGUGCAGCCCUCGCAGAGCCGGUCUCCGAGCCGGAGUCCGGGGAAGGGAAGCGGGUGCGGCGCAAGGCCGGCACUGCUAGCUUUUCGCAGCAGCUGAAGAGCCUCUUCAGGCCUCCGUCGAGCCACUCUUUAGAGUGGGAGCCACGAGCACCUCUCCUGGCUGUCGAGGCUUCCCCAGGCUGCAGCCCUGCUCUGCUUCUGCAGAGCCUCGCAGAGGUGAAUGGGCCCACGAUGCUCACCGGUGCAGCCAUGCCCGCACACGCGAGCCUCGAGGCAACAGCGACCACCGUGCAGGAGCAGCUCCCUCCUUCAGCUUCGCACGUGCCCUUACCAGGCGUUUUUACAGCCUCACACUCGCCAGUGAUGGAGCCGUGGAAGAAGUCGGCUGAGAGCUGCCCUCUGUACGCCAUCGGUAGCGAUAGCGAGGCCAUCCUCCGGCUCCACGCCACUGCAGAGGGCACGACAGCCUCGGCCUCGUCGACGACGAGACGCUCGCAGUGGCAUUGA